UGAUAAGCUAUAUUUUUUGAACUUGAACUUGAACUUGUGUACCCAAACGCAACGCCCCAUUUAGGCUAUUUUCACCUUCAACAGUUAGCCAGUCUGGUCAUCCCUUCAUCCGUCAUUUUCAUUUGUGGAUUAUAUGCCGGUAUUAAGGAAACCUAGGCUUCCUAUCUAUUCGCAAAAUAGGGUCGAUCAGUCCAAUGUAACUUGUCAAAAAUGUCUGGAGAAAGGUCACUGGACAUAUAUGUGCAAGGGGAAGAGAAAGUACCUUGAAAGGGAGUCUUACACUUCGAAGCUUGGUAAAAGAAUAGACAGUAUCCAGCAGAAAAGACCGCGCUCUGCCACUGCAAACAAGUACGCCGCUUUCGGUACUUUUUGUUUUCUUUCUUCUAGACACAGCAGUUCCUCUUCAUCGAGUAGUGGAUCCUCCAACAGUUCCCAAGACGAUUCCUCUGAAUCGGAUGACGACAAAUCCGAGGAAAGCGGUUCCGAUGACACCAGCACUGAUUCGCGAUGCUCCUCUGCCACUACAGAUAGCAGUUCUGAAGACGAAUCUAACAGUUCUUCCAGUGAUAGCUCCGAAAGGUCCCCGAAAAUGAACUAAGGUGUAAAAAGUUCCAGUAUUCCAUGUAUGGUCCUCACCUUUUUCGAAAUGUGUAUAAACAACGCCUUUCAUUCUACAGUCCUUCUACGCGCAUUCUCACUUUCGAAAUAUGUAGUUACUGAUGGCUUUACCCUCAAACCAUUUCUUGAUGCUCUGUUCGUCGCAGAGGAUAACUAACGGCGCCCUAUCCGCUGCACCAAAUAGUGUGAAUGGGGGUUUGGAUGCUACCGUUCUAGCUUUCCCGUCUUCUUAUUCCCCCACUAACGCUUUUUCACCUUUAUAGUCCCAUUCCAACUUCACUUUUAUCUCCCCCGUUUUCAAUCCCCCCAAUUCUGUCCUUCCCCUACUUUGCUUUGAUAGGCGUUCAACUAAUUUCAAUCCACAUGCAAACGUGGAAUGCGCACAAUACUUGAGGUGUCUUUUACCUCAAACUAACGUGUAUAAUGAAUGAAUAACGGGGCCGUUAGUCGCGGACAUUCUUACGAUGUGGCUGAAGCUA